CUUGCGUCCGUUGCGAGAUGGCGUCGUUGCCAAAUCGCGCGAAUCGAGGGUCGCGUAUCAACAAGUUGAUCGGUGAAGCAGCCGAGGCAGACGAAGCGUUCUGGAGCCAUGAAGUGUGGAAUGACGAUGAGGACGAGGACUACGUGAGCGAAGCCGAGGAGGAAGAUAUCGUGGAUUCGGACUUCGACGAGGAGGAAGCACCCGACGAGGAUAUCCACGACGGAGACGUGGAGCGGAAUCGAAGGGCGAAAACCCGAGCACCGAAGAUAUUGCAUCAACGUCCACUUCGUUCGACUCCUCGUACACCUACAUACUCUUGUCCACCAGCCGCAUCGACUCCAACUGCCCCUGCGGGUCCAAUCGAACCCAUGGCUGUUCGAUCGUCGACCGUCCAGAAGCGGUUCUUGUCGCAGGAGCUCCAGCAAAAGUACACAGAGGAAGCACGCAAUAUGCAUGAUAAAGUUGCCAAGGUCGUUGUGCGAAUGACGCAGGAACAACUGCUGAAGGAAGCCGUGUUGACGGAGGUGCAGAACACUGCGUCGCUGAAUCGACUAGAGCGACUGGAAGAAGAGAAGCGCCUCGUGGACGAGAUCAUGCCCAAAGCAAAGCACACGGGGCCCAUGGUGCGCUACCACAGCGCGCUUGGCAAGCCGAAGCUGAUCACGUUCCUCCAUGUGGACGACUUUCCCGCAGUGUUCAAACGUCCCAAGCACGACACUGUGUCCCGGUGAUCAUCUAUUUCGUUAAUGCGAUGAUUUAGUUCCGAAACGAUUUUCAAAAGUGCCCAGAUUAUUCUUUUCUUG